UUAAGAUUAAGUUGCACCUCACAAACACUAAAUGAUUACAGAAGAUGAUAAUAUUGCUGAUAUGGAUAGCGGUUCUAAUUGCCGUGGUGGUGCUGUACUUACGUCAGGUCUACUCCAGAUUUAGUACACAUGGCGUCAAGCACUUAAAGCCAGUUCCACUACUAGGCAAUAUGAGCAAGAUCAUCUUUCGUAUGAAGCAUAUGGCUUUUGAUAUCCAAGACUUAUACAACGCUUAUCCUGAAGAAAAAUUCGUAGGAAGGUUUGAAUUCAUGAAUGAGGCAGUGCUGAUCAGAGACCUGGAACUGGUGAAAAAAGUUUGUGUGAAAGACUUUGAGUACUUCGUUGAUCACCGCAGCUUUGGAAAUGACUCGUUUUUCGGAAGAACGUUGUUUUUACUCAGUGGCCAAGAGUGGAAGGACAUGCGGUCUACGUUGAGUCCAGCGUUCACAAGUUCUAAGAUACGAUUGAUGGUGCCUUUCAUGGUGGACGUCGGAGACCAGAUGAUUGUGUCGCUUAAAAAGAAGAUUGUAGAUUCGAAAGGUGGCUACAUAGAUAUUGACUGCAAGGACCUCACGACUCGGUACGCAAACGAUGUAAUAGCUUCGUGUGCUUUUGGCCUGAAAGUGGACUCACAGACUGAACAGAAUAAUCAAUUCUACGAGAUGGGCAAGGCAGCAACAAACUUUAAUUUUUAUCAAGUAUUAAAGUUCUUCCUCAUCAUGAAUAUUCCAAGAGUUACGAAGAUAUUUAAAUUGGACUUAGUGACAAAUUCCGUGCAGAAGUUUUUUACAAAUUUGGUGCUAGAUACUAUGAAAGAGCGAGAAAUGCGAAAUAUUGUUAGACCUGAUAUGAUCCAUUUGCUUAUGGAGGCUAAAAAAGGUAAAUUAUCUCACGAUGAUGUCAAAUCUAAUGAUGAUGCUACUGGAUUUGCUACUGUUGAAGAGUCUUCAGUUGGACUAAGGAAUGUCAUUAAUCGAGAAUGGAGCGACAACGACCUGGUCGCUCAAGCAUUCCUGUUCUUUGUGGCUGGUUUUGAAUCAGUUUCGUCAAGUGUGUGUUUCUUAUUAUACGAAUUGGCUGUAAGUCCUGACGUACAGGAGCGCCUGGCACAAGAGAUUAGGGAAUAUGAUGCUAAGAACGGUGGCAAAUUCGACUUUAACUCUAUACAGAGCAUGAAAUAUAUGGACAUGGUUGUCUCAGAAUUAUUGAGACGAUGGCCCACAGCUGUAGCCACUGAUAGAAUUUGUCACAAGGACUACAACAUAGGUAAACCAAAUGCCAUGGCUGAGAAGGAUUUCAUAAUACGUAAAGGUACUGGUGUCAUGAUGUCCGCCUUUGCCUUCCAUCACGACCCUCAGUACUUCCCGGAGCCAGAAAAGUUCGACCCGGACCGUUUUUCUGAAGAAAAUAAACACAAGAUCAAUCCAAAUGCAUACAUGCCUUUCGGUGUUGGUCCUAGGAAUUGUAUAGGGUCAAGAUUUGCUCUCUGCGAGAUGAAGGUGAUUACCUACCAGAUUCUAAGGCACUUGGAACUGUCUCCCUGUGAGAAGACCUGCAUCCCUCCCAAGCUUGCUACCGAUAACAUAAACUUAAGGCUACAGGGAGGACAUUGGCUCAGGUUUAAACUGAGGAAAUAUAUCACCAAAAUGAUCCUCACGCUCAUAUGGGUAGUGGUCAUAAUUGCUGCAGCCGUGCUGUUCCUUCGACAGGCGUACGCAACAUUUGAUCGAUAUGAAAUUAAAUAUUUAAAGGCAGUACCCAUUUUAUCCGACAUAGUCUCGAUGAUCAGACCUAAGGAACAUAUUGGUCUAGAUCUCGCGAGAACUUACAACAGUUUUCCUAAUGAGAGGUUCGUGGGAAAACUCCAGUUUCUGAAAGAGGCGAUAUUAAUACGUGAUCCUGAACUGAUCAAGAAGAUGACAGUGAAAGACUAUGAGUACUUCCUUAACCAUCCCAACACUGGACCUCCUGAAUCAUUCUUUAGCAAACUAUUGUUCUUUAUGAAAGGUGAAGAAUGGAAGGAAAUGCGCUCCACGUUGAGUCCAGCGUUUACAAGCUCUAAGAUACGCCUGAUGGUACCUUUCAUGGAGGAGGUCGGAGACCAGAUGAUAUUGUCGCUUAAGAAGAAGAUCGAAAAUUCAAAAGAUGGCUACGUAGAUAUUGAAUGCAAGGACCUCACAACACGUUACGCUAAUGAUGUGAUAGCAUCCUGUGCCUUUGGUCUGAAGGUGGACUCUCAUAAUGAUGAGAACAACCAGUUCUACUCAAUGGGAAAGAUACUUAGCUCAUUCAGUUUGGCUAAAAUACUGCUGUAUAUGAUCCUUGUCAAUAUACCAUAUGUUAUGGAGAUUUUAGACUGGGAUUUCAUUCCAAAGUCAACUCAGAGAUAUUUCAAAAGUCUGGUAUUAGAAACGAUGAAGAACCGUGAGUUACAGGGCAUUGUGAGACCUGAUAUGAUUCAUCUUCUUAUGGAAGCAAAGAAAGGCAAAUUAAAACAUGAGGAUGAUAAGUCAAGUGAUGAUGGAGCCGGGUUCGCGACUGCUGAAGAGUCUUUGGUUGGAAAGAAAGCCAUUACAAAUAAAGUGUGGACUGAUGAAGAUUUGGUGGCUCAAGCAUUCAUUUUCUUUGUUGCUGGCUUCGAAUCAGUUUCAUCAAGUAUGUCGUUCUUACUGCACGAGCUGGCACUGAACCCUGACGUGCAGGAACGCUUAAUACAGGAGAUCAGAGAACAUGAUGAGAAGAAUGGAGGAAAGGUGGACUUCACCUCUAUACAGAGCAUGAAAUAUAUGGAUAUGGUUGUCUCAGAGGUGUUAAGAUUAUGGCCUCCAUUUGUAAUCCUUGAUAGAGAAUGUACCAAAGAUUACAACUUGGGAAAACCCAACGACUCAGCUUCACGAGAAUUCGUUGUACAAAAAGGUGCAGAAUUGUGGAUUCCAGCGUAUGCCUUCCACCGCGACUCUCAAUACUUCCCAGACCCUGACAAGUUCGAUCCUGAGCGUUUCUCCGAUGAAAACAAACACAAAAUCAAACCAUUUACAUACAUGCCUUUUGGUUCUGGUCCUAGAAAUUGUAUUGGUUCAAGAUUUGCUCUCUGCGAGAUGAAGGUGAUAGCCUACCAGCUUCUGCGUCAUGUGGAGCUGUCACCGUGUGAGAAGACCUGCAUACCUGCCAAGCUCUCCACUGACAGUUUCAACUUGAAGCUGGAAGGUGGACAUUGGUUAAGGUUUAGACUAAGAAAGACAACAAUGUUCUACUUAGUAUUGGUAGCAUUUCUACUGUGUGUGUUAGCACUAUAUUUGAACUAUGUAAACUCAACCUUCAAACAGUAUGGCAUCAAACAUGAUGCUACUAUCCCAUUGAUUGGUCCUUUCAUCAAACUGCUGAGGGCCAAAGAACAUAUAAGCCAAAACCUCAAAAAAUUGUAUGACAAAUAUCCUGAAGAAAGAUUUUUGGGCCGAACCGAAUUGCUGAAGGACUUCAUCGUGAUUCGAGACAUUGAACUCUUGAAGAAGAUCACAAUCAAGGACUCUGAACACUUCCUUGACCACACUUCCAAUGGAUUCGAAUCUUUGUUCGAGAGGAGUCUGUUUUUUAUGCAAGGCCAAGAAUGGAAGGACAUGCGCUCUACGCUGAGUCCAGCGUUCACAAGCUCCAAGAUACGACUGAUGGUGCCUUUCAUGGUGGAGGUCGGAGAUCAGAUGAUGACUUCUCUUAAAAAUCAGAUAAAGAAUUCAAAAGAUGGUUACAUAGACGUGGACUGUAAAGACCUCACAACACGUUACGCCAACGAUGUGAUAGCGACCUGUGCCUUUGGUCUGAAGGUGGACUCUCAAACUGACAAGAACAAUGAUUUUUACGUAACUGGCAAGUCCGCGUUUGAGUUUAAAUUACAUAUGCUGUUGGUGUUCUUUCUUAUUUCUAAAAUUCCUUAUCUGCAACAGGCCUUAGACUGGAGUGUCUUACCUAAGCAAACCCAGGAUUAUUUUAUGAAUCUUUUUAUGAGCACAAUGAAGGAGCGAGAAUUGAAAAAAAUCGUCCGACCUGAUAUGAUCCACUUGCUUAUGGAAGCUAAUAAAGGCAAAUUGUCUCAUGAAGAAGUCAAGUCUACCGACACUGCAGCUGGAUUUGCAACCGUUGAAGAAUCAUCGUAUGGCCAGAAAUCUAUGAACAGAGUGUGGAAAGAUGAGGAUCUUGUUGCUCAAGCAUUCCUAUUCUUCGUCGCUGGCUUUGAAACUGUUUCAUCCAGUAUGUGCUUCAUAAUGCAUGAGUUGGCUGUACACCCUGACGUGCAGGACCGUCUGGUGCAGGAGAUCAGGGAAUAUGAUGUCAAGAACGGUGGCAAAUUCACCUUCGAUUCUAUACUAAAUAUGAAGUAUAUGGAUAUGGUGGUGUCUGAGGUAUUAAGGCUCUGGCCACCAAAUGUUGUGCUAGAUAGAAUUUGUACCAAAGAUUACAACAUGGGCAAACCGAAUCCGACCGCCGAGAAAGACUUUAUUAUUCGCAAAGGCUCCCCCAUCAUGAUACCUUCAUAUGCCUUCCACCAUGACCCUGAAUACUUCCCUGAUCCAGAAAAGUUUGACCCUGAGCGUUUUUCUGAUGAAAAUAAACACAAGAUCAAUCCGAUGGCGUACAUGCCUUUUGGGAUUGGUCCUAGGAAUUGCAUAGGAUCAAGGUUUGCGCUCUGUGAGUUGAAGGUGAUGUUGUACCAGCUGCUUCGAGAGAUGGAACUGUCUCCAUGUGAGAAGACCUGCAUCCCUGCAAAAUUGGACACUAAGAGUUUCAACAACAGGCUGGUUGGCGGACAUUGGCUAAGAUUCAAGCCUAGAAACUAG